AUGGCGCGCGCCACGACGGCCGGCGACGUGACGCACCCGGGGCCGCCCGCCCCCUGGGCCCCGCGGCAGACCUACUUCCCCAAGUGGCUCUUCGGGGAGUGGGAGGUGGAGUCCACGUUCACCGGCUUCCGCGCGCCGCUGGGGCCCCGGUAUGUCGACCCCUCGCUGCUGCAGGCGGCGCAGGCGCCUGCUGACCUGGGCGGCAUCGGCAGCUCCUACAGCUUCUCCCAGCGCUAUUUCUCAACCCUGCCCGACACGCUCGCCAACCAGGCCCGCUUCAACCUGGGGCUGCUGCCAGAGGACGCGAUCAUCGCUGACCGAGCCUUCAACACGCGCGCCUCCUCAAACGCGUACCUCCAGGAUCCCUCGGCCGUGCGCUCUGUGGCCUACGACCCGCGUGCCGCGCCUGACCGGCUGACCGUCGAGUUCCAGCGGGUCGCGGCAGACAUGCAGCCGCUGCCGCCGAAGCGGGUGGAGAUUUACAUCCAGAACAUCCAGGCAGGGGAGGUCGACCCCGUGAUCACUGAGGACGGCGUCCCAUCGGCCGCGUCCCCCUUUUGGCCGCCCCCCAACGCGCCCUGCUUUGUGGCGUCAGAGCUGUGCCGCCAGGUCACCCUGGGGGUGCGCCAGGCGGACGUCCAGGACUACGAGGUGAUCACUGCUUUUGCGCUGCUGAGCCCCGGGCGUGUUGCAGCUCGCCAGCGCACCCUCAUCUACCUGGAGCCGCGCGACGAGCUGUACUUCCAGGCCAGGGGCAGGGCCGUCGCGGUGUAUGACUACAAGCUACAGUACACGCGGGUCGAGGCGCCCGCCGGCGCCAACGCGUGCGUGGAGACGCCAAAGGACGUGGUCCAGUGCGUCUGA